AUGCGAUGUGGAAAUGAGCAGCCUAGAUGUUGGAAUUGUAAAAACUAUGGCAAGGACUCCACUUUGUUGAUGUCCAAAAGAUCUUCGAAAGCUAGGAUAUCCUCGUUAGAAGCUGAAAACAUCGCACUCAAGGAACGUUUGCAGUCGUCGAAUGCCGGCUCAAGUAAUUCUGCUUCCAUAAUAUCACCAGCUGAGAAUGCUACACAAGUCUCUUACAACACCCCCGCUGCUAAUAAUACUUCCGCACAACUACCGGUCCCAGGUCCACAAGCAUCGAGUCCGCAUUAUGAUGCUCGAGAACCUUCAGCUGAUGUAGAGACUGAUCGCCGCCACAGCUCUCUCACCCAACUUUCUGUCGAUCAACCGGGCUAUUAUGGGAGAACUAGCGCUCUUUUCGAAGAUACUCAUUCUCAACAAAGAAAUUCUCAGAAACUUGCUGGUUUCUCAGAAAAGUCUGAGCUGCAACUCAUGGGAGAGGCGUCCAAGCAGAGGCAACUGGAGCUACUAAAUUACAAUGCCGGACGCUUAGACUUUGACGGCUUAGAUCCAGAGCUUGGAAUGCAUUUACUCAACCUGCACUGGAAUCGGCAACACCAUUCGUUUCUUAUUACUUAUCGGCCAGUCUUCAUGCGUGACAUGGCAUGUCAAGGCCCAUAUUUCUCAAAACUACUUCUUAAUGCGAUCUAUUUUGGCGCUUCAAAGUUCAGUCCACGCCCAGAAUUUCGAAACAAUCGUGAAAACUUGAAGUCAGUUGGUCUACAAUUCCGCCAACGGGUUCGUGAGCUUCUAGGCGGGGCUCUAGAUCGAAGCGAGAUUACAACAAUACAGGCAUUACUCAUAAUGACCUCUUCCCUAUUCGCACUAGGAGACGAGAGGAGUGCCGCUUGGCUAUAUGCUGGUACAGCAUUCAGAAUGAUCAUCGAUUUAGGGAUGCAUGUUGACCAUCUUUCCCGAUCUUUCACAAGACGACUGAGUGAUGAAGACAUAGAAGUCAGACGUAGGGUCUUUUGGGGUGCAUUUGUCGUGGAUAAGAUACAAUCUUUGUACCAAGGCCGACCUAUUAGUCUCCAAGAAGCAGAUACAAGAGUCCCUAUCGUGUUUCAUGAUACGUACGAGGAGUUGGAAUAUUGGAUGCCUUUCGCAUACUCCGACACGAAACAUUACUCCGGAUCUCCGGCCUACAGUGUUUCCACUUUCAGUCAACUUUGCAAAUUGAGCGUUAUCAUGAAUGAUAUCUUGAACAAAUUGUAUACUGAGAAGAGUGAGAAAAGAGGCUGCGAAACACUAGCGGAAGAUCUUAAGGACUUGCAGAGAGAUUUGGAAAGCUGGGAAGCUUCGCUUCCGACGCAUCUUAAACUUGAAAAUAUUAUAGAUCCUGCAUCCAUUCCCCCUCCUCAUGUUCUAUCUCUUCAAGCUAUGCAUAAAGUACUUAUAAUACUCCUUCAUCGACCCUUUGUUUCCGAAGGCCACCUCCAUUCCGCUACUCCUUCGAUACCCGCCAACUCAUUCGUUUUAUGCACGAAGGCUGCAACUCAGAUCGUGGACAUUCUUAAGCUUUAUGACCAUGCAUUUUCGAUACAGCACGCUCCCUAUCUCAUGUCAUAUGCGACAUAUGUUGCAGCGACCAUACAUGUCCGAAUUGCCUCGCAACGCGGUCCAGGCUCCGCCGCUCAAAUCAGUCUGUCUACAUGUCUAGCUGUGUUCAAGAAAAAUCAGGAGACUAAUUGGGCUGUGCGUCGCGCAAUGACUGUCAUUCAGACACUUAUGAAAAGAAUGAAUGUUUCUCUAGCGACAAGCCCCACUGUUAGUCCUAUCAAUAUCCCAGAAAGGGACUUGAACAACUCUGCAAUCGGACCCAACAAUAUGUCAUCUCUAAACGUUCCGCAUCAGACGGCUACGUCCCACAUAAACACGAGUGGAGCCAUUUCAACUGAUAGUGCGCAGCCGGCUUCGCCGGAAUUAGAUAUUGACGCUAUCAUACAGAGCUUCAUCCAUGAUCAGCAAAACGGCAUGUAUAAUGCUUUCCAUAUAUCGAGUGCAACUGGACAAGCGCACUAUGGACACGAUUCAGGAGUAUUAGACAAAUCUGCACAACCUUCUUACGACAUUGGUUAUGAUGAUCUUGCUCUUCCGACCCAUUUUACCGAUGGCAACAUGAUGGAAGACAUGUUAUUUGGUUUUAACGGGCCGGGCCUAGAUGGGAACGUGUGA